AUGUGUGGGAUUUUUGCCUACAUUGGGGACAAGGAGGCAGCCUCCCUGCUGGUAACCGCGCUUAAACGACUCGAAUAUCGUGGAUAUGACUCCGCUGGCAUCGGCAUCCAUGGCGGCCCCGGCGUUCCUUUGAAGGUCCGCAAGAAGGUCGGGAAGGUCUCCAACUUGGAGGCGGAAGUGGCGCAUGCGGGCAACCAGGUUUCUGGAACGCUGGGCAUUGCGCACACCAGAUGGGCAACUCACGGCAAGCCUUCGGACAUCAACUCACAUCCACACACGACAGCAGAGUCGAGCAUUGCUGUAGUGCACAAUGGAGUUAUCGAGAACUAUGCCGCGCUGAAGGAGCAGCUUUCCAGCAAGGGCUACAAGUUUGUCAGUCAGACGGACACCGAGCUGCUUGCUCAUCUAGUCCAGGACCUCAAAAAGCAGAUGUCAGAGGCAACCUACACCGAGGCAGAGCUUGUAGUUGUCGCGACAGCUCUCCGACUCUGUGAGGGAGCUUAUGGAGUGGCCUUCAUCUUUGAGGACCGCGGACGCUCCGGCAUGUACAACCAUCGCGUUCGUGUCAUCGUGUUCGCCAUCUCGAAUGAGUAUCUGUGCUGCUCAGUACUUUCAAUGUCGUUGAAACCGGAGUUCACCGUGGAGACAGGGUCGCCAACAGCCUCGACUUUUGAGGAUGGAGACACGCCACGUGUCUCAGAUUCUGGGGACUCUGGUUCUGGUGAAGGUACUUCGCAGGCAGAAUCGGAGGGUGAGCGGGCAGCGAAGGCCAAGUACCUGUUCAGAUUGGGAAUAGCUGGCCGUGCGGCACCACCAGACGCCGUGCCACGUGACGCUGUAUACCAGUCUAGAGAGGACAGGCCGAAGCAACACUGCACCCUGAUAAUCUUCGAUUGGGACGACACACUCCUUUGUACCUCUGCCAUCCAGUCUACUCGGCCACCUGGCCAGAAGGAUCUCUUGGCCUUAGAAGCUGAAGGCAUAAAGUUGCUGGAACUGGCAAAGACGUUAGGGACCGUGAUCAUUAUCACAAACGCGAUUGAAGGCUGGGUGCAGCAUAGCGCAGACAAGUACUUGCCCACCCUGGCCAAGCAUCUCAAAGACGUAGAGAUCGUCAGUGCAAGGGCAAGGUUCGAGGACACCUUCCCAGAUGAUCCAACGCAGUGGAAAGUAGAAGCAUUCUGUCAGGUCAAAGAGAACUCUCAAACGAUUGCCAAUUUGGUUGCGCUAGGUGACAGCACUGCAGAAAUGGAAGCGCUCCAUGCUAUGGCUAAGCUGUAUCACAUCUCCUACACCAAAACCAUUAAGUUCAAGGGGAAGCCUCGGUGUGUGGAGCUUCAGCAAGAGAUCAGCCUGGUGCAGCAAAAGCUGGCAAACAUUGUUGUCGCAGUCAGGAACUAUGACAUACGUUUGCAGCAGAAGCAGUCGGGCAUGGAGAACACAUGCUUGCUAGUGAUGCUUCUGCCAUCAUCGAGCAUACCAAGGCUGGAGCAAAUCGAGAAGGGCGGCUUCAAGCACUUCAUGCUUAAAGAAAUCAUGGCCGGGGACUGUCUGGUUGCCUUCAACUAUCGUAGAAGUUUCGAUACCGGUCCUGAGAUCUCCAAGGAUCAGCCGAAUGCCAUGCGCAAUGCACUACGUGGGCGGAUCUAUCAGCCUGUGGACCUUGCAGCUCGUUUCCUGCAAGACAACUUUCAAUGCCCGUGGCCGUCAUCUAAAUCCAAGAUAUCCAAGCAGGACACGCCCGACAAGUGGGAAAUCAAGUUGGGAGGGCUGGAGAAGGCUGCACGGGUAGAAUCUGCAUUGGCAGUUCUGUUGCUUGCCUCCUUCGUACGCAUCCUCUUCACAGGAAAGGAUGGCAAAGGCCAGCAGAUUGAUCUUUGCCGCUUGCGGAACUUCCUGGCACUCCUCGCUCAUUGCGAAGUACGCAUCGAACCUACUUCUGCCCACCAUGGCAAGAGCAUCACCAUCUCAAUCUCACAUCAGCUUUGUGAUCAUCCCGCAGCCCACUGCAAGGCCUUCGAGAAGCUGGCUGGAGUGGCUGCCGAAGUGGAGUACGCUCACGGCUCAGAGAUUGUCGGGGCCAUCUUUGCCACUUGA